UUUAUUGAAAAUGGCAGUGGUGCAUUGUGGGCGAUCACGCUGUAUGUUUUGACUACAGAUGACCCGGCUACCAUUGUAAGCGUGCUGAGCUUUUUCGAGAUAUUUUCUGAUCUUCAUUGUUUUGUUUGUCACACCGAAAGGACAUGAAGUGACAGAUGUGUGAUCUGAAGAUGAAAUAUAAGGGCCUUGACAUCCAUCACACGAGUAGCCUUCCUUCAAUUUUGGAUAAAUACGUGUCAACCGGAUGUAUCAAACAGGACACUGAGAAAAAACAAUUUAAGAAACAGAGUCGGGUCGGUGAGGAUGAGGACGGCCGUGCCGAAGGUUUCCUGGUGUCCCCCCCUAGUGACCUAGAGGAGGAGGCCAAGAUCCAACAGAAAACCAUCCUGGCUCAGCGCCACCUAGAGGUGUACAGGAACAUGCACCUGCUGCAGGGUGGCAUGCGCCGUCGCUAUGCGGCGUUGCUGAGGCAGAAAGUCAGCAAACAGAGACAGGAGAUUAAACAGCGCGAGCCACCCACCCAUAAACCCCCAGAGAGCUCAAAAGAGCAGCUGCAGGGCGGAGUCACAGGGCAGAGGUUGCCGUUCUGUGCUCUCUCUCACAACGACGCAUACCUGAGGUCUCUGCCCAAAACCGGCUACUACCUGAUUGUGGAGCUGCAGAACCAGCUGGCCCAGCGCGGCUGUCUGAAGACCCAGCAGGACCAGGAGCGUUUCUGGUCCAUGGUGGGGCAGAACCGCAAUAAGGCCCGGCUCGAGUCCAGACUGAGGGAGAUCCAGGGGAUCAUGAUUGGUGGAAGGUCGGCUCCUCCUGAUCGGAGAUCAGUGAGAUUCGCUCAGAAGGAGACAUUUGGACCAGCCCCUAUAAUAAAGAUCACUACAGGUGGAGAAAGUCACCAGGAAGAAGCUGUGCUUUCCGAGGGGGAGCCGGGGCACCGUCUGCGGGGCAAACGCCCCCAGGAACGGGCCGAGAUUGAGCAAAUGUUUCCCAAGGUAACUGUGCCCAAGUUUGCGACCCUACAGCCUGGCUUUCUGGAGCAGUUCAAACCCAGGACCCUUUCCCAGCUGAAGAUAUGCGAGCCACCACAAAAGACAAGGGAAACAGAGCUGAGUGUGCUAAAGCUGCGUCUCAUGCACAGCCGUUCCCUCACCAACAUGGCCGCCACACAGAGACUGCUGAAUGGAAAGAGAAUGUCCCUACACUGGGAAGAGGAGAACAGCAUCCGUAGCCUGAUGCAGUAUGUGUUCCCUACUGAUGACUCAAGAGUGAAGCAGAAGUGCACUGGGAAACAGUUCCUGCCUUGCUUACCACCUAAGACCACCGUGAAAGAGACUUCUGCCCCUUCUCCACAACAUAACACAGCACCCCCAACACGCAUCACAACUCCUGAGGGGAUCCCAGCAGAAGCAGAGAUAGUUGCCCCAAAGCCCCCUGACCCUUUAACCUUGGAGGAGGUCAGUCAGCAACACACUGUGGUGGUCAUAGACCGUCUCUGUAAAACUUGGACAAAUUAUGUUGGGAAUUCCAACACGUUGGAAAGUCCAGAAAGUCCAUCGGUCCUAGGAACCUCCACAACGAUGACACUGUCCACAACAACAAAACCUGAAGCAGAAAAAAGUGAGAAUGUGCCCAGUUAUGCUAUGCUAGAAUUUGGACUGUGAUGCUGUGAGGGCAGGUACCAGUAGGGGACCCAGAAUCUGAGAAGGGGCCCAACUCUGCUUCACAGAAGAAACUGAACAUACUGCAAGAACGUGGUGAGAGGAGGACUGUGACUGAGCAGGCCUUUUGAGCUCUAUGAGGCACUGCAUUACAUGUGAAUGACGAACAAAACCAUGUGAUCUUUGUGAGCGUUGUGUGUUAUGUUAUGGUGUGAAUGGUUUUAAAGAGAGAUAUCAAGUUUACAGAGUUUUACGGAGAUAGCAAGAAAUUCUUGAUCUUUUCAUAAUCAGGAUAUAUGCUAAUUAACUAUCAGUUGUGCCUUUCAGCCUUUGUAUUAUUUGUGAAGCUUGAUAUUGCUUCAGAUCUUAACUUGUUCCGCUUCUGAGUGUUUUUAAGUAUCUUCAAUGUUUCAGUUAGCUAGGUUCAAUAAUACCAAUAUUCGUGUUAUAAUUAUUAAAAGAAACUUUACUUUGUAGUAAAAAUGAAUUUUACUAAGUUAUUUCCCUUUUGACCUGCUGGGUGGCUCAUCUUGUUAAGGCAUGAUCUAGUACACAAGUGGGCCCCACAGUGUGGUACAGAAUCCAGGCCAUGCCAGUGACGCCCGUGGCUGGCAGCCAGGUGCUGCAAUACACAGCUGACACUUGCUUCAACCAGUGAUUGGACGGUAUUAGUCUGCAGGGAUGGUAAUGCCUCACUGCAAAUAAGUGAUCCUUGCUGGUUGAACGGGUGUCUGCAGUUCCACCUGUUAAACUGCAUAACUAGUGCCUUCCUCCAACUCAUGUCUGUGUGUGCCUGACUUUUAAAAUGUGGUGUGAUAGGAGGCUGCAGCUGGUAUCAGCACAUGCUUAUCUGGGCAUUUCCCAAUUGAUAGCAGUGGAUGCAGCGAUGAGCAAUGAAAAAUGAUUAGCCAUUUUUAUAUGUACAGUACAGUAUAUGGACAGUAAGUACUGGGACAGAGACUGUUUUUUUUUUUUUUUUUGGCUCUGUCCUCCAACACACCAGAUUUGAAAUGGACCAAUGAAUAAGAGGUGAAAGUGCAGACUGUCAGCUUUAAUUUGGUAUUUACAUCCACAUUGGGUGAUCCCCAUUUUAUACACAGUCCCCUUAUUUUAGGGGACCAAAAGUAAUCAGACAAAUGAACAUGAUCUUAAAGUCAGCAUAUGUAGUACUUGGUUGCAAAUCCUUUGCAUUUGGUGAGUGCCUGAAGUCUACAACCCAUAGACUUCACCAGAUGUCGAGUAUCCUUAGGUUCUUGUGAUAAGCUUUAGAAGUUGGGUAUUCUCUUGUGAUAAGCUUUGAAGUAAAAUUUAAACACACUGUAAGAGGUUGGGGAUAUUCUUACAUGCUGUUGCAAUAUUAUAAACUUGCAAAUUGUAAAACUUUUCUGUGGGUAAAAAGGGAAAUUUAAA